AAGUGGAAUAACCUCAACCCACUCCUCUCGAGUCCCCAUCCCCGACAACGACACCCCAGAGUCCGCCCCUCCCGCUCCCGGCCUCCAUAGGCAUACCCCACACUGCUCUGAGUCUGGAGCAGAUACGACUUCCAUCAUGCUUUCACGUACCGCGGCGCCCACCAAGGCGUCGGCCAGGACCCUCUCGCGCGCCGCCGUCGAGCAAUGCCGAACCUUUGCGACCGUCCAAGAUGGCUCUGCCAAUCCCGUACGCCACUACGGCGGUCUCAAGGACCAGGAUCGCAUCUUCCAGAACCUCUACGGCCGUUACCCGCCCGACCUGAAGCAUGCGAAAAAGAUGGGCGACUGGCACAAGACCAAGGAGAUUCUCCUCAAGGGUCACGACUGGAUCAUUGGCGAGGUCAAGGCCUCUGGUCUUAGAGGCCGUGGUGGAGCUGGUUUCCCCUCGGGACUCAAAUGGUCGUUCAUGAACUUCAAGGACUGGGACAAGGACGACAAGCCCCGUUAUUUGGUCGUCAAUGCCGAUGAGGGUGAGCCGGGUACCUGCAAGGACCGCGAGAUCAUGCGCAAGGAUCCCCACAAACUUGUCGAGGGCUGCUUGGUCGCCGGCCGUGCCAUGAAUGCUACUGCUGCCUACAUCUACAUCCGUGGCGAAUUCAUCCAGGAGGCUGCCAUCUUGCAGAACGCCAUCAACGAGGCUUAUGCUGAUGGGCUUAUCGGAAAGAAUGCCUGCGGCUCCGGCUACGAUUUCGAUGUCUACCUCCACCGCGGUGCCGGUGCCUACGUGUGCGGCGAGGAGACCAGUUUGAUCGAGUCUCUUGAGGGCAAGCCCGGAAAGCCCCGUCUGAAGCCUCCUUUCCCCGCCGCCGUCGGUCUGUUCGGUUGCCCUUCGACUGUUGCCAACGUCGAGACUAUCGCUGUCGCUCCCACCAUCUGCCGCCGUGGUGGCAGCUGGUUUGCCGGCUUCGGCCGUGAGCGCAACCAGGGUACCAAGCUUUUCUGCAUCAGCGGCCACGUCAACAACCCGUGCACUGUUGAGGAGGAGAUGAGCAUCCCGAUGCGUGAGCUUAUUGAUAAGCACUGCGGCGGUGUCCGCGGUGGCUGGGAUAACCUUUUGGCCGUCAUUCCCGGUGGAUCCUCGACGCCUAUCCUGCCCAAGCACAUCUGCGAUAGCCAGUUGAUGGAUUUCGAUGCGCUCAAGGACAGCCAGUCCGGUCUGGGUACCGCCGCCCUUAUCGUCAUGGACAAGAGCACUGAUGUCGUCCGCGCCAUUUCCCGACUAAGCCACUUCUACCGCCAUGAAUCCUGCGGCCAAUGCACACCUUGCCGUGAAGGCAGCAAGUGGACCGAGCAGAUUAUGAAGCGUUUCGAGAAGGGUCAGGGCCGCGAGAGGGAGAUUGAUAUGCUCCAGGAGUUGACCAAGCAGGUUGAAGGUCACACCAUUUGCGCUCUCGGCGAAGCUUUUGCCUGGCCUAUUCAAGGCCUCAUCCGCCACUUCCGGCCCGAGCUGGAGGCCCGUAUGCGGAAGUUUGCCCAGGAGAACGGUGGUGAGGCUCUUGCUGGUGGCUGGCAACGCAAUGCCAGACAACAGGGCAAGCUCGUCUCGCCUGGCAUGUAAGCGGUCUAAAGACAACAGUGCUUGGUGCAUGGCUUUCAAGUGAAUAAUCAACAACAGGAUGGAGGCCGAAGAAAGUGCGUUCCCAGUACGCAUAGAGCCUUCUUUGUUAUAAGCCCAACAUAGAGAAAACCGGCCGCUUUUAGAGCGUGUCUGUAUCAUACGUCUGUGCACAAAAGCCAUGCCGUAGAAACUUUAGACUUCCUCAGUUGGGCUUAUGUUAUUGUAUUUAUUUUGGCCUUUACGUCUUGCAAAUAUGGUGUGCCCUUGACCAGGUGGGGCAUGAAAUUUGGAUGAGACACAAAGUGGUGAGGCGAAAUGUCAGAUAUUGUCGAUG